AUGAUGGAGUUUGAACUUUUUAUUCUGGCUGCUGACUUUUUCGGAUAUUGUGUGUUUCGUAAAAUUGGAAAUUUAUCCUUUCGUAGCCCUGCGGAGUUAAAAAGCCGGGGACCGCGACUUAAUGUCGAAAAUUCUGCUCCGAUCAUGAGUGGGUCGACUCGAUUUAGGGUCAGGAGCCUCUUUCCUUGUCUUCUUUAUGCAACGGAGAAGGGAAUUUUUUUUUUUUAAUCGCUAAAAUUAAUGGUUCGAAAUCACUACUAAAGAACUAGGAUGGCGUAAACGACACUUCAUGUGAUAUGCCACAGUUGAACAGGAUGGACAAAAGUACAUGACCCCAGAAAACCUUAUCAGGGACUACCUUGGCAUGCUUAAGAUUCAAGAGUACGAUGAAACAACAUUAUCCCUACUAGCUGGUGUUGUUGACCAGACCAAAGAUGGACUUAUUUCAUUCAGCGAGUUUCUUGCAUUUGAGGGGCUUCUUCGUGACCCUGAUAGCUAUCACAAAUUGAUUUUUCAAUUAUUUGACUUCGAUGGCAAAGGUUCUGUCUCUUUUGAUGAGUUCCAGACUGUCGUCAAAAAAACAAAAUUCUAUGAUAAACUUGAAUUCCAUUUCGAGUCAGAGUUGAUAAACGAUUACUUUGGAGCGAAAAAGGACAGAUGUGUGCCAUUUCAUGAGUUUUCUCAUCUCCUUCAGGAUUUUGAAAAGGAAUACCAGCGCCAGGCAUUCCUUCAUGCAAAAAUGUCAAAUGGUGAAAUACCAGCUACAAAGUUUGCAGAAAUCAUGAAGACUCUUAGAGGCCAUCUUCUUGCUCCAGAUGAAGUGCAAGCACGUCUACUCUUAACGGUGGAAGGAGGUGAAGCACGUCACCGUGUAAGCUACGGUUACUACAGGGCAUUCAAUAGCAUGCUUGAUAACAUUCUCAUCCUUCAUGAUGUUUCCAAUAAAUUGGCCAAGGGGAAACGAUAUAAAGAAAUAAAGAAAGAGGACUUCCUGCAUGAGGUUCUUAAGACACAUCCAGAGGUCACUCCUUUACAAGUGGACAUUCUGUACCAUCUUUGUGAUGUGGACAGAAGAGGUCGAAUAACAAUCUCAGACAUUCAUCACRUCCUGCCAAAGCACGAUGUUUUUAAAGUAUUCUCAACUGAAAGACAUGAUGAAGAGAUGUUGAUGGAACCAGAUGAAAAGCAAGUGUCAUUUAUCUGGCGUGUACUACAAAAUGUAUUUAAUUUUGGUCUGGCCGCAACAGCUGGAGCCACGGGUGCUACCACCGUGUAUCCAAUCGAUUUGGUCAAGACGCGAAUGCAGAAUCAACGAGCUGUUCUGGAUGCGGACAAACUGUACAAAAACAGCUUUGAUUGUGCCAUUAAAGUGAUCAGGAGCGAAGGAAUACGAGGACUCUAUAGAGGUCUUCUGCCUCAGCUCGUAGGAGUUUCACCCGAAAAAGCCAUCAAACUAAGGACUAAUGACAUGGUUCGAGGAUUCUUCAGCGAUAAUGAUGGUUUUAUAAGUCUUCCAUAUGAGAUCAUUGCUGGUGGAUGUGCUGGAGCAGCUCAGGUACUCUUUACCAAUCCUCUUGAGAUCGUUAAGAUUCGCUUACAAGUAGCUGGAGAACAGCCUGGAAAGAAAGUGACUGCCUUGGCUUGUGUGAAAGAACUGGGCGUCACUGGACUCUACAAGGGUGCACGAGCCUGUUUCUUGCGUGACAUUCCAUUUUCUGGCAUCUAUUUUUCUGCUUAUGCCCAUUUGAAACUAAACUUUGCUGACGAAAACGGACAUAACAGUGCAAAAAGCCAAUUUUCUGCCGGAGUGAUGGCAGGUAUUCCGGCAGCCUUCCUGGUCACUCCUGCCGACGUCAUCAAGACCAGGUUACAGGUCAAAGCCCGUCCAGGACAGCAAAUCUACAGAGGAAUAUUUGAUGCAUUCACCAAGAUUAUGAAAGAAGAAGGUGGACGGGCGUUAUGGAAGGGAUCUGGGGCUCGUGUUUUCAGAUCUUCCCCUCAGUUUGGUGUCACACUCCUGACAUAUGAACAGCUAAAGAGACUAUUCAAUGUCGACUCUGAAGGUUCAACGACAAGUUCAARSUCGGACUUGAUCCCGACAAACCCAGACUUGUCUCUAAACCCCGACCACAUUGGUGGAAUGCGUGUUGCCGUGGCAACGUAUGCUGGCAUCGAGACGAGGUUUGGACUGUGUCUUCCUAAAUUUCGAACGCCUCAAAAGAUGACGCUGAAUCCCAUCCAACCCGAGAAAUAAAUCGAGGCGUUCUUUUUGUAAAUAGAAGUCAUGGUAUUUUAUUUAACUGAACGUCGGCUCCUACUGGUACCAUUGCCAAGCAACCCGGUGCCAAUCCGAGCAUUCACUGCACUCACUUUUCACUGGUUGUGCGUUAUCAGUGGUAUGUUUGUUGUCCGUUGUUUCCGUUGCGGUACGACUGGCACGGUACUACUUUGCUAGGUUAGAGUAUUCUUGCGCGUUAAGCGAUCGAAUAUAUAUUGAACCACUAUGAUAUUAUUAAAACAACCCAAACUAUGAAAAAUACUUCACCUUUAUUAUUCUAAAACACUAGUACUUUUCUUUCCUGCACCAGCUGUAAUGUCUUGGCAGCUAGUGCGAACUGGAAAAUCAAAAACAAAAAGUCAAAAGCAAAACAAAA